GAUAUUCGCCGACAGUCGUUUAGUAUCUAAAGAAACGACGGUUCAGUAGGUUGAAUACAACAUUUUAUAUGAAAAGUGACAUAGAAGAGCUAUAAACUUUUCUUCGAAAUUUUUGUUUUGGAAAUUUUCAUUUCAUUAUUUUGUUUUGUGCAGUACAUAAUAUAUAUCAAGUGUAAUUCCAGGAAAGACUAACCAUUUUCCGGGAAAUAAAAAAUCAGUGUGCGUGUGUGAAUUGUAUUAUUGGUUUUAAAUUCAAUCGUCUUUCGAUUGACGAUUACAAAUCAAUUAGGAAAACAAAACAGACAAUUUGAGAAAUUCUUGAGAAAAAAAAAAGAAAAACAUUUUGCAUCGGCCAAUUGGCUUAUUUUGAUUUAUUGUGGCACAUGCUAAUGAUUGUAUGUUCAAAGAAAAUAUAAUUCAAUCGCUGGACGAUAAUUCAGUGUGUUAUUUUGAAUUGAAUUCAGAAGUGAAGCGGCUAGCAAAAAAAACUGCAAUAAAUCGUCUUGUGAUUCAACGUAAAUUUAAAUUUGUUUUCUGUCGUUCGUCAUCUUUGAUUUCUAUCUAUUUUCACUUGUGCUUUUUGACUAGUGAAGAGCUUAGGAUUACUCUGUUAUAACAAGAAAGUUCUUUUGAAUCAAGUUUAUGCAUUGGACAAACACUUAAAAAAAAAAACAAAAAACAAAACAUUGAACCGAUCUUUGUGCUUACAGUGAUUAUCCGAUAAAAGAAGUUAAAAACAAAUCAUGUGCAACGUGUAUAAACGCAAUAAUUAUUGAACACCAAAAAAAAAAAUUCUCCCAGUGAUAAUAAUAAUGAUAAUUUGAAAGUAAAUAAAAAUUUCACUGAACUUUUAACAACAACAACAAAAAACCAAUCGUAUUGAGUAUAAAGCUAAAAGUUAAUUAUGCUGAAGCUAUAAAAAUGCAUGUCUUAAAGAUAGAUAUGGCUCGGGACACGGCUGUAGGCCGUGAGCAUGUCUUAAUUGUUCCAUCUGGUCUAACCCUGGAUGUUGGCUCGGCUCAACAAGCGGGAAUGGCCCAGAAUGACAUUAAUCAACAAAUAUUAGAGUUAAAAAAGGAACAGGAAAUGCAGAAGCAAUUGCUGUGGCACAAUUUCCAGGAAAAAAACAAACAAUUAGAAAUGCAGCACAAAAUCCAACUGGAACAUAAAUAUCAAUUUGCGGCCCUUUCAAAUGGCGUAUUCCAGGAACUACGUGAGCAACGAAUCGCUGUCGAAGAACAACAGCAACGGGAGCGAAGAGAGCGUGAAGCCGCAUUACGGCGAAAGGAAAACACUAGUGCCAAUGCCAGUUCCGAGGUGAAGCAAAAAUUACAAAAUUUUCUAAUGAACAAAAAACAAAAUGCUUCAAAUGGCAUCAACUCAUCGUCCACGUACAGAAAUUGGUAUGGGGGUGUCGUCAAGAGCUCAUCAGGAGAGUCCCUACCGGCUGGAUCUGUGUCUAGUUCACAUCCAUACAAAAUACCUCAACCACCAUCAUCAAUAUCGAAAUAUGACUCUGAUUUUCCAUUGCGAAAGACAGCAUCCGAGCCAAAUUUGCUGAAGAUCCGUUUGAAACAAAGUGUAAUUGAACGUAAGGCUCGUAUUGGUCCGGCGGCUGCAAGGAGACAAGAGCGAUUACUGCAGGCAGCACAUAGGCGUCAACAAAAGCACCAAAAUUCGUUGACAAAUUGUGGCAACACUCCCGACUCUAGUCCCAAUUCUCCACCAGCUAUCGCUGGCAGUAGAGGUUCACCAACCAGUGCACCGAUUCAAGAAGAAAAUGAAGAUCCGAAUUACCAAGGUGGCCGCGGUAGUAUCAACGAUUUGUCCUUGUACACAUCUCCAUCGAUGCCGAAUAUAUCACUGGGACGACCGCAUUUACCAAACGCUCACAAUGCCAGCAAUUAUCCGCUUUUACCUGCUCUACGAGCACCAUCUCAAACCAUAGUCAAUCCAUCAGUUAUUGCGUCCGGAUCGUCAAAUGUCCCAUUUUAUGGUGGCAUACCGAUGGAACAUUCGGACAUGCCACCACAGGCCCACGCUACCGUUCUUCAUUUAGCGCAUCUGGCCAAUCUGGGCAUUCAUCAAAUGCAAAUGUACAGUCAACCGAUUACCGACGUUCAAGUCGCUCAUGCCCGUCUCAACAAACAAGGUCAUCGUCCAUUGGGACGUACGCAAUCGGCACCGUUGCCACUCGGUCAUCCCAUGUUAACAGGCACAUCAGGUAUUAGUAUAGGCCAAACUCAUUACGAAAACAGCGAAGCCGAACGGCAAGCAUAUGAACAGCAACAUAUGUUGCUGACGCAAAAGAUCCGACAGACUGUUUUGACACGAAGUGGCGCUAGCAGUCGUGAACAAAUACUCAAAGAAGAAGACGAUUCCGGUGAAGUGAUCGAUCUUACCGAUAAGAAGCAACCACCGAAGCCGGUUUUAACCAGUAGCGUGAUAACAUCAUCAUCGUCUCAAAGCAUACCUGAAGAUCGUAUCAGAGAUCAAGAAUAUUUGCAGCAGCAGCGGGAGUUAUUGAUCAGACAAUCGAUGCAGCUAGCGAUAGACGAUCCCUUUGCACGUGGUCUAAUUCGUCCAUUAUCUCGAACAUUAUCCAGUCCACUGGUUCAUCUUGGACCAGCACAAUGUGUUAUACCAGACAACGGCGACAAUACACCUCCCGUAAAUCUAAGCUUAUCAUAUCGACGAAAUGUGACUGAAAGUCCACAUAAAGUCACAACUGGCCUGGCCUUCGAUAACUUAAUGCUGAAACAUGCAUGCACUUGCGGUGACAAUACCUCACAUCCGGAACACAGCGGACGAUUGCAAAGUGUAUGGGCUCGAUUGGUCGAAACUGGCCUAGCUAGUCGAUGCGAUCGGUUGAGAUCACGUAAGGCAACGCAAGAAGAACUUCAAACGGUGCACACCGAAGAGCAUUCCAUUUUGUUCGGAUCGAAUCAAUUGAAUCGACAAAAGUUGGAAACGGGACGACACAAUUUCGUACGUCUGGCGUGUGGUGGAGUUGGAGUUGGGGAUUCUGACACUACAUGGAAUGAACAUCAUACAGCUGCUGCAGCUCGAAUGGCUGCCGGUUGUGUUAUUGAUCUAGCAUUUAAAACGGCAAAGGGUGAUGUGAAAAAUGGAUUCGCUGUGGUUCGUCCGCCAGGACAUCACGCUGAACCAGAUCUGUCGAUGGGAUUCUGUUUCUUCAAUUCGGUGGCUAUUGCAGCUAAAUUGCUGCGCCAACGUUUACCCGAGAUUCAGCGGAUUCUGAUUGUUGAUUGGGAUAUUCAUCAUGGAAAUGGUACGCAGCAAGUGUUCUACGACGAUCCCUCAGUUUUGUAUUUAUCGGUGCAUCGUCACGACGAUGGUCACUUUUUUCCGGGAACUGGUGGACCUACGGAGUGUGGAUCUGGUCUGGGUUUGGGUUACAAUGUGAACAUCUCAUGGUCGGGCGGAUUAGACCCACCACUUGGCGAUGCUGAAUAUUUAGCUGCAUUCCGUACAAUUGUUUUACCCAUUGCUAAGGAGUACAAUCCAGACAUUGUGCUUGUAUCAGCUGGAUUCGAUGCAGCCGCCGGACAUACAACGAAUCUGGGUGGCUAUGUUGUGUCCCCUGCUUGUUUCGGACAUUUGACUAGAGAAUUGAUGCAAUUGGCUGACGGUAAAGUUGUGUUAGCCUUGGAGGGUGGCUAUGAUUUGCCAGCAAUCUGCGAUUCAGCACAGGAAUGUGUACGAGCUCUGCUGGGCGACGAUCCAGCUCCAAUAUUUGAAUCUGAAUUAUCUCGAUGUCCAACACAAAAUGCAUUGAAUACGUUGCAGAAGACCAUUGCCAUUCAGAUGUCACAUUGGCCAUGCGUUAAGCGAUUAGCUCACACGGCUGGGCUAUCGGCAAUGCAAGCACUCAAAAGUGAACGGGAAGAAUCUGAGACAGUGACAGCAAUGGCAAGUCUUUCAAUGCAGAAUCCCAACAGAAAAUCGCAAAUAUCAGUAGAAGAAUCGGAGGAACCAAUGGAACAAGACGAAGUUAAGUAAAACCGUUAAAAAACCGUUAAAAAACCGACGAGACAACGUUCAUGAGUAAACAAACAUUUUGUAACCAAUACGAGCUUUACGGAUCUCAAAUUGUGAUGGUUGCCGUUCAGAAUCAUUCUUCUGCUAUAUCGAGAAAUGUUUUCCGUUUUUAAAUAUAUUUUAUCGAAAAAAAAUCAAAUAAAAUUUGGAAAAAAACAGGGACGCAUUUUAAAAAAACAAAACAAAAAAAAAAUUGUAAAACCUUCACUAUAAUUUUGUUAACCUCCUUUUCCCGAUGUUACGUUGAGAAACAAUGUUAUGUGGUAAUAAUUUUUGUGCUUCCAUUAUGGCUCUGCAUAUAAUUUAAACAAAGAUAAUGAACAACGGAAUUCAAAAAAGAAUUUAGCCCCCCCCCCCCCCCCCCCCCCCGAGUGAUGAUGCGAACAAGUAUCCCGUUUUUGCCAUUUCAGUUCAUCGAUUGGUCCAUUUUGUUAUUAAAAAAUCAAUUGCUGACCACCGUACCCAAUACCUAUUUGUACAUAGGUAUCAAAGAUGGAUCGAUAUUUAAUGUUUCCGUGCAUCAACGGUGGGCCAGCAUUCUCAGGGCACAUUUUCGUGGAAUUGAUUCUUGAAAUUUCUCGAAUUCCUGAAAAUAGGCCCUGAUUAAUCUAGUGAGACCGAGUUAGGUCUUAUAAACCGAAAACAACGAAGUUAAACAGACGCGCCAGUAUUAGUCUCAAAUUGUAUCAAAAUGACCGUUAAUUGGUGCACUGAUGCGUAUAUUUGACAUGUAUAUUUGUUCGCUUCAGACCUAUCGUGUAGUGCAAAUGACUUACGUGUAGCGUAAAUGACUUAUGUGUAGCGUCACUGACUUACAUGUAGCGAAAAUGACUUAUGUGUAGCGUCAAUGACUUACGUGUAGCGUAAAUGACUUACAUGUAGCUUAAAUGACUGAAGUGUAGCGCAAGUGACUUACUGUUAGCGUAAAUGACUUACGUGUUGGUGUAGCGUAACUUACUUAUGUGUAGCGUAGAUGACUUAUACGAAGCGUAAAUGUCCAACUUGUAUCGUAAAUGCCUUACGUAGAACGUAAAUGACUUAUGUUUAGCGUAAAUGACUUACGUGUAGCGUAGAUGACUUACAUGAAGCGUAAAUGUACGACGUGUAGCGUAAAUGACUUACGUAAAGCGUAAAUAACUUAAGUGUAGCGUAAACACGUUGAAGAACAACUGCAGUAAUUAGAUUCAUUACACAUUGGACCCGAUGCCAAACUUCCUCCUAGCUACCUGUUUCAAAAUGCAAAACCAUUUUUCACAGUUUGGUGAGAUUCUUUUUUGAAUUUUGUUUACAUAGAAAAGAAGGUCAAGUUUUCUGUUCGGAUGUUCGAGAAUUUUCUGCUGGAAAUAUUUUCGUGGCCGUCCAAAUUUGUUUUUGUUGCAGAAUAAAAUCAGAAUUUUGAAAAUUUCAAAGGAAAAUAAAAUUAAAAAAAAAAUUAUCAAAAAAUGAAAUAAAGUGAAAAGUGAUUUGCUCAAAGCUUUAUGAUAAAAAGAAGAAGAUAAAGAAAACGAUUUUAACUUUCGAAUUUGUUUUUUUUUAAAUCAAUAAAUUAAACAUUUAAUGGGGAUAUGAGAUAAAAGAACAUAUAUUUUAUGUAUUUGCUGGGACAAGGACAAUUUGUCAAUUUAUUUUAUUAAGUCAAAAAGAAAGAAAUUAUUUUAUGGAAUGAAUUUGUCUUGGCAAAGAAUUAUUGUUGUAUUAAACUUAAAAAAAACAAAUAAAUAAAAAUGGAAAAUAAAGACAAAAAUCACAAAAAAAUAAUAAAUUUUUAAAAAUAAAAAAGAGUUAAUGUUGAGUGACCUUAAUGUAUACCAUCGAAACUAAAAUUUAAUUUGGUAACAAAAGUGAAUCGACCUAAUUGUUGCUAAUAUGAAGAAGAAGAAGAAGAAGGAGAUGAUAAAAUAGAAAAUAGAAAAUCGUUUGUAUUAUUUAUUUACAAUUUGUGGAUAUUUGUGGUAUAACAUGUUGUCUACAACAUAUUUUAAACAAGAAAAAUAGUUGCUGGUGCCGGUCACCAUUUAGAAUUUCUCUUUUUCUCUUUGUUUCUUUUUGUUUUCAGACCAGAAUUUCCUUCACAAUGGGAAAAUUAUACAAAAAAAGAAGAAGAUUUAAACAUCAAUAAUUGUAGCUAGUCAAUGAAUAUAUUCCGUUGCAACAAUUUUCCUUUUCUUUUUCUUAUUUUUUUUUUGUAAUUUUAAAUGUUAAAAAUAUUUGAACAAAAUCAAAUAAUAAAUAAAAGAAAAGAAAACCGUAGAUAUCAAUGAUUGCUGUAAUAAUUAAAUGUGUUUAAUGCUGUGUUAAAGAAAGAAAAGGAAAAAAAAUAAUAAAAAAAACGCAAAAAGUCUAAAUUUAAGUAAAAAAAAAUUAAAUAUUUUUAACAAUUGUUGUGCGUGUGAUACAAACUAGAAAAAAAAAGAAACAAACAAAAAAUCAACUCUACCGAAAUCAUUAAAUUGAAUUUAAACUCACAUAAAAAAUAUAAAAAAUCAACAGAAUGAUCAAUGAUCAAUUACUAUCAUUUUGUGUCAAGUAUGAUCAUAAUCAAUGAUUAUAUUUAGAAACAACAGGAAAUUUUUGGUUCCAAAAAAAGGAAUUAAGUCAAAAAAAAUCUUGACGACCUGCCACACUUUAUAUUCGAAUUGAAAGCAUCGGACCAUUGGGAAAUUUAGGUUAAUAUUUUCGUGAACUUCUCGAACCCGUCUGGUUCGAAGUUCGAAGUUUCUUGAAAAAUUUCUCGAAUUUCUCGAAAAGUAUGUUCAACAAAAUCUUUUCUCAAAAAUAGGCUCCGCUGUUUACUCCCAACUCUGUUCGCCGAUCUUCCCGAUUAUUUUAUUGUGACAUUUAAUGGCUACCAAUUUUUGCUGGUUAAAUCCUUCUUCUAUUUAUCGGAGAGCUUAAAUCUCCCACUAACAGAUUUUGCAAAGUCCGAAAAAUUGGGUUGGGGAUUGGGUAAUAUAUUACCAUAAAUCGUGGUCCAUAAUCAUCAGGGAGGAGCUAGCAAAUUUUCUGACCUGUUGAUCUGUUGAAUUUAAGAAGGUUUUGAGCCGAGUGGAAGGUACAAAAGUCAAAAAAUUUCAAAUUUAACCUUUUGAUAUUGGUCGCGAUGACCGCUCAUAGGUGAAUCCGCUCAAAUCAUGAACAAACGGCAAUGUUUUACCAAUCUUACAAUUAAAGUGAUCGUACAGCACCGAUUCAUCGGGCAAUAAUGACAAUAAUAAAAAGUGCGAGAAGUCGGUGCGAUUGUACAUCGGACCGUUUUAAAUUCUUAAAUAAAUCAAUUAAAUCAACAAAACUCUAACUUGAUUUCAUCGAUUCUCAUUCUUCAUCCGAUUCCGCAGAUACUCUACUCAAGUAUUUCAUUCGAAUCGACCUUCUAACUUCCUUGUAUUAGCGUGGCAGGUCUAACACUCCGUCAAUAGAGUAAUAUAGUAAACAAUACAAAUAAUUUCAUCUUCAAUCGUUUACAAUUUUCGUAGAAUUUAUUUAAAACGUAAAACCAGAAUCAUAUAAUGAGAAAGAAUUGUUUUCAUAGAGCCCGUCAUUUAAUAGAAUCAAAAAAAAAAAUUUUCAUUCAGUUCGAGCUUUCCAAAUUGUAAGUCUGCAUGCAAGACCCAUAUACUCAAUCUGCACCAGUUGCCAUUCAUAUUCAUGUAAUUUCGUCAAAUCGCUGGGGCAUUAACGCAAGAAAUGUCGGUUAUUUCUACUGUUUGGUAUUUGAACCGAAAUAAAACUGCAAUCAUGCACUAAAGGUCAAUGGAAAUUUACAAUUCACUGGACACACAGAGCGCAACCUUUUCAUCAUCUUUGGCAUAUACAGUUUUCUUAACACAAAUCAAAACUAACUCGCAAUUCAUUUGGUUCCAGACCAAACUUGCAAGUUUCUUGUCGGAAAAAAGAGAAUUCAAUUUGGAGAAGAAACUUACAAGUUCGAUUUUGGUUAGGCCACCUUAACGGAUUCAUAUUUUCACUAGCAACGCGUGUUUCACUUUACUAUGAAUACACAUUACACAUUUCUACUUCGGUCUGUGGCUUAGUUACUGAAUAAAAUAUUUAAAAACUCUUCGAAAAGCACCUUUCCCAACACAUGCGUAGUGUCAUCACGCCCUCUCCCUUCAUACUGUGACGUAAUUUGUGCAAUCAUCAUCUUGAUCUUAUUGCAUUAAAGCUAAAAGCCAAUUUUAGGGUCACUAUUUCGCGUUUCAAACGAAUCCGUAAUCUUGUACAGAUGGUCGUCUGUUGUCGACAUUAAUGCCAGCAAUAAGCAAAGAUGCGGUUUUAGCAGAAUUUAUAUUAAAACAAACAAAGUAAAAGAUUUUUGUAUCGAAAAUUCGAUAAAAAUAAGUCCAAGACUCGAUAAUUAAAUAAAUACUGGUGAUACUGGUGAUACUGGCGCCGUCUGUGAAUAGUUCGUCAAUUUCGAUUGAACAUGAGCGCGUCGAGGCUUUAUGAGACCCGAUCCGACCGAACCAAAUUUUUUGAUGCCCUAGAACCCUACCCGAAUUGAAUUCAUAAACACCGAGAAAUUGAAACACGAUAAAAAUUGGAUUCGAAUUGCGGAUAGCAGGGUGUUGUAUGACGUACUGCUUUAGGUUACGAACAAUUUUAAUUCUUAAAUCUUAAUUAUUAUUAAAGACAACCCGACGCGACCCAACAAAAGUGAAUUGAAAACCAAUGAUUCGGGUUGGGACGGGGUUUUCUUCCGGGUUCGUGUCCGCUCAUCUCUAAUUUAGAUCAACCAAUUAGUUUCGACAUUUUGUAGAUCGUUUGACGUAUUUUUGUUUCAUUUUUAGAUUAAACCAGAAUAUUAUUUCGAAAAUGUUCCGUUUAAAUUGCUUAGAAA